AGGCGAUUUCGAUUCAGCGAGUGCAGAGAGCAGUUGUAGCAGCCAAAGUCAUCAAUCUCUGAUUAUGUACAAGCGUUAAAUUCGGGCUGCAAGUGUGCCCCGAGCACACGUACAUUUAGGCGCAGGUCGAAUGGAAAUUUGCGCGCAGGGACUUUGUCUAAUUGCAGCUCUCGAUUCAUAUUUAUGUGUAUACACACACACACGCGCGCAAUAUUCGUGGCAAGUGCGACGAACAACAACAACGACGACGACGACGAGGAGGAAGUAAGCAAACGCAAAUUAUUCAGUUUUGUGCCUGGCAAACAAUGGUUAUUAGUCGGAGGCACACAUCGAGUACAACGAGCUCGCAGCUGUACGCGGCACAUUGAUGUAUCUAUAUGUAUAGCGUGCUGCGUUCGGCUCGCAUUACAGCGUACUGCGCUCGCCGAUCGAACGCGGCAUUGUCGAAAAAAUUUCAAAUUUUUGUUUCGAAAAUCGCCAAUCUCUCCCUCUGACUGGCGCUGAAAUCGUAUAUCGAUCGCCAUGCCGUAAUAAUGUAAAUAAAAGCCGUUAGAUAAAGACAAUUGCGCAACGAGAAGUAUCCGAAACAAGUGGCAGGCUGUAUUAUAUUAAUACGUAUGUGUGUGUGUGUGUGUGUGUGUGUGUGUGUGUGUGUGUGUAUGUGAGUGUAUGAAGCGCAACGCGUGUGUACACAUAUUAUACGAGCAAACUCUUCUAUUGAUUUCAUAACUUCCGUUACGACGGACAAAAGGAGAGAGAGAGAGAAGCGGCAAAAAUUGCAUCGAGCUUAUUUUCAACAUGCGACUCACGGUGUAUGAAAAAUAAAAAAUAAAAACAACACAAAAAAAAUCUCGCGCUAUAGGCAGCAGCUGCAGGUCUUUCGCACUCGGUGAAUCGACGAGCUCGUCCAAAAAGCGAUAUUUCACAAAAUAUGCGCGCGAGAGAGAGAUACUCUCGAGACGCAAUCGAUACUCGCGAUCUCCGGUCAAUUUUUCCGCUGGCUCGAAUUAAUUUUAAUCUAAUUGAGCGCUCGCAGGUAUGAAGUACUUCUGAUACCGACGGGGAGAGAAUGGCGCGCUCACCGCUUCUUCUUUUUUUUUAUCGCUAUUUGGGCGCGAUUAAGCCGAAUCGACGACGACGACGACGACGAAGACGGGAUGGCAGCCAAGAAGACCACUGACCUCUCGAGACGCAGCGAGUCGUGCAACAGCGAGCCGAGUCUCGCGCGCGUUUCUGAAACGUCUCGAAAAUAUAAAUAACAAGCGCCGAAACCAACUGCAUCGUGAUGCACGAUGACAUAAUAAUUAACUUGUAAUAAUAAUAAUAAAAAUAAUAAUAAUCAAGAGCAGCAGCAGUGGCAGCGGUGGCGAGGGUUGUGUGCGUAAGCGCGAGGCGAGGCGAGCUCGAGUGGAGCGUGUGCGGUGGACAUGUUCCCCACCACCAGCAGCAGCAGCAGUGGCGCGCGAUCAGCGACAAUUGCAAGUACGAAGAGCAACAGCAGCAAGAGUGGCCCGCCGUCAUCGUCGUCGUCGUCGUCGUCGAGCCUCGUCGUAGACGCCGCUGCUUCUACCGAAAGUAGCAGUAAUAACAAGAUCGGCAAGAGCGACGGCAAGUGGCGCUUUGAUUUCUCUCGAUCGUGCGCCGAGUAUGGAUACAAGCCCGUACCCGCGACAGUACUACUAAUUGAUCGACAAUUAGGCAACGAUAACAACGACGUCUUGGACGAUCGUCGUCGACCGGAUCAGUGUUGUAAUUUUGAUAGCUGUAAUUGUUCCGCUGCUGCUGCUGACGAUCGACGUCCGGCCAUGGCCGAGGAAGGCUCGAAAUUGCUGCAGUUCGUUGCGGCGUCUGCCGCGAAUCUAUGCAUCUUCGCGAGCGGAGCCAUGAUGGGCUGGACGAGUCCAGUCCUGGCGAACAUGCAGAAAAACGUCACGAGCCUGGAUGAGAAUCCACUGGGCGUACAGAUCAGCGCCGAGGAGAGCUCCUGGGUCGGGUCUCUGAUGACGCUCGGUGCAGUCGUUGGCAGCCUGGUUUCCGGUAGUCUCGGUGACAGAUACGGCCGCAAACGAGCCCUGCUGUACAGCACGGUGCCCAACAUCAUCGGCUGGAUACUCGUGGCCACGGCGAAAAACCUCGUACAGCUCUACGUGGCCAGAUUCGUCUUCGGCGUCGCUCUGGCCAUCAGCUACACGAUCGUACCCAUGUACUGCGGCGAGAUCGCCGAGACGAGCAUCCGAGGACUGCUGGGCUCGUUUCUUCAAUUAUUCGUGACGAUCGGUCUGCUGUACGCCUACGCGAUCGGCCCCUACGUCUCGUAUCUGGUCUUCUGGAUCGUCUGCGGCGCGCUGCCCUGCGUCUUCUUCGUCUGCUUCCUGUUCAUGCCCGAGUCGCCGUACUACCUGCUGAGCAAGCACCAGGAGGACGAGGCCGCCGAGGCGCUGGCGCGGCUGCGGGGAAAGACGCGACUGGGCGUGCAAGCCGAGCUCGACGAGAUGCAGGCAUCGGUGAAUCAAGCCUUCAACAGCACAGUCAAGAUCACGGAUUUGUUUACCGUCAAGGCGAACUUCAAAGCGCUGCUGUUCACCUGCGCCGGGGUGAGCUUUCAGCAGUUCACCGGCAUCAACGUCGUCCUCUUCUACACGCAGAACAUAUUCGAGGAGACCGGCACCAACAUCGAUCCGGCCGUAUGCGCCAUCGUCACGGGCGUCGUUCAGCUCGGGGCGUCCUGCGUCACGCCGAUCGUCGUCGACCGACUGGGUAGACGUCCCCUGCUCAUCGUCUCCGGGGCUGGCACUGCUCUAGCCACCGGCGCGCUGGGCGUAUUUUUCUUCAUGAAGGACGAGCUGCACUCGGACGUGUCGCAGCUGAGUUGGCUGCCGAUCGCCUCCAUCAUCCUGUUCAUGUGCACCUACUGCAUCGGCUGGGGCCCGCUGCCCUGGGGCAUCAUGGGCGAGCUCUUCUCGGCCGACGUCAAGGCCAAGGCGUCCAGCAUCACCGUCCUCGUCUGCUGGGCCGAGGCCUUCGUCAUCACCAAGUACUUCAGCAACAUCGCCCAGUCCGCGGGCUUCUACACGGGCUUCUGGAUCUUCACUGCCUUCUGCGUGCUCAGCGUACUCUUCACCCUGUUCCUGCUGCCCGAGACCAAGGGCAAGAGCUUGCAGCAGAUCCAGGACGAGCUCAACGGCGUCAAAUCGUCCGCCAAGAAGCGCGAAAGUCGCCAGAGCUCGACCAACGAGAGAUUUUGUACUGCCCGGGAAAUGAGUACGGAAAAAGGAUCGAGAUUACUUCAAUAUGUGGCUGCAUCAACAGGCAAUCUAAACAUCAUGGCCUGCGGGGCUAUUUUGGGAUGGACGAGUCCGAUGCUACCGCGCCUCCAAGAGGACGAUCCAAUCGCGCCCGAUAAUCAGCUGAGCAGGGCAAUAACCAAAGACGAGGGCUCGUGGCUCGCCGCGCUCGUUCCGCUGGGAGUGACGUUCGGCUCGAUUUUUGCCGGAUAUCUGGGCGAAUGGCUGGGUCGUAAACGCUCGCUGCUCGUAGGCACGUUGCCUUUUCUCGUCGGCUGGAUCUUGGUGGGCACGGCGCGGCGCAUCGAGCAAAUGUACGCCGGUCGCUUCAUCCUGGGAUUGUCGGUGUCGAUCCCGUUCACGCUUUUGCCCACGAAAAUGGCGUUAUAUAUUCUACAGGCGGCCGUGAGAGGAGCGCUGGGCAGUUUACUGCAGGUCUUCGUCUCCAUGGGCUUUAUUUACUCCUACGUAAUUGGCCCUUACACGUACUAUACGACUUUUUGGCUGCUCUGCGCCGCGCUUCAUAUCGUAUUCUUCCUGGGUUUCCUCUUCAUGCCGGAGUCGCCGUAUUACCUAUUGAGCGUGGGCCGGAUCGACGACGCAUACAAAACGCUGGCCAGAUUUCGGGGCAAGAGCCUCGAGGCCGUUCAAAAAGAAAUCGAGGAAAUUCAGUCGGAGCUGAACGAGACCCCCACGGAAAAGUCGUCGAGCUGGAAGGACGUCCUCUUAGUGCCUGUAAACCGAAAAGCCGUCGUACUCACGAGCAUUUUGAUGUCCUUCCAAGAGUUCAUAGGCAUCGACGUGGUCCUGGCUUACGUGGAGAAUAUAUUUCGCGACGCCGGCACCAAAGACACUGCCUUAUCGGCCAUCGUCGUCGGCCUGGUUCAGCUGCUCGCCUCCUCGAUCGCGCCGCUCUUCGUCGAUAAGUACGGGAGGAAGAUUCUCCUCGUCGUAUCGAGCAUCGGCUGCUGCGCGACGAUCGGUCUCCUGGGCGCCUACUUCUAUCUGAAAAAAAUCGACUACCCGUUGGACAGCAUGGGCUGGGUGCCUCUGACCACUCUCGUGCUCUACAUAAUCGCGUACAGCGUCGGCUGGGGACCGAUGCCCUGGAUGAUCAUGGGCGAGAUGUUCGCCUCGUCCGUCAAGUCCAAGGCCUCGUCCGUCUGCGUCUUCUCCAUUUGGGGCUUCAGCUUUUUGCUCACCAAAAUCUUCGUCGACAUACAGGAGGACCGGGGGCCGCACAUGGGUUUCUGGUUCUUCAGCGUUUGCGCGGCGCUGAGCAUAAUCUUCGUGACGAUUUUCUUUCCCGAGACAAAGUGCAAAACGCUGGCCGAGAUACAGCAGCAAUUGAGCAAGGGAGUGCACGAUCGGAAGGAGGACAAGUCGAGAUCGAAAAAAGACUCGCUCGAUACCGCUCGACGUAUCGAUGUGGCCGUUAUUUCGCCCGUACUCGACGCAACGAACAAAUCUCAAGGGCCCGUUUGAUACGUACUAGCCAUUUCGAGUACACGUGGACGUAAAAAGUUCGCAAUGGUUUAUUGUACAUAUAGUGAAGGAUUUUUUGCGGUCGAAGAAAUGAUUGUUCAAAUCACGAGUACCUCGCAUACCUACCAGUUAUACUCUUGAAAAAAAAAAGAAGGGAUCUGAACUUUGUUUGUGCCGCACCCGAAUGCGUGUGCAUGUUUUUGUUUUUACGUGUGCUUGCGUAUGGGUUCGCUGGUCACUUGACAUUACUUUUUUUUUUAAUGCAACUGAUACGCGAAAUAAUGUAAUACGAUAAGAAUUUUAUAAAUAAAAAAAGAAAACUCUCUAUUUUAA